UGACCUCGGCCCGGAAUGCCCCUCGGCUCGCCCCGGGCUCACGUCCCGAUCCCGGCUUGAGUGGCCCGGGGUGGGUGACCUGAAGUUGUAGCCUCGCUGCUCUCGAGGCGGAUAAUUAGCCCAAGAAACACUAUAUUCAUUUUUCUGGAUAUGCCGCAGAAGGAUCCGUGCCGGAAACAAGCCUGUGAAAUACAGAAAUGUUUACAAGCCAACAACUACAUGGAAUCUAAGUGUCAGGCUGUCAUCCAAGAACUGCGUAAGUGUUGUGCUCGAUAUCCCAAGGGAAGAUCUCUCGUCUGUUCAGGAUUUGAGAAAGAAGAGGAAGAGAAGCUGACGCUGAAGCCCACAUGACAGUAAAGUUCUGCUGAGAAGCAAACUGCUGCCCCACAUUGCCACCACGCGGGUUUUAUCUAUCCUCCUGACUCUUUCUUCAGGCCAGGUAGCAGCAAAUAUCAAAUGAAAAAGUCAACUAUAAAAGUUAAUAUGCCAUCUAUGCAGAACAAAUAUAAAUAUAUUAAACAAAUAAGUAGAAUGUGAUAAAACUGAGCUGCUAAAAUAAACCUUUUAAGUGAAA